GAGGGGAGAGGUCCCUCCAAGUCCAGCCUCCUGCGUAAGAGAGCCCAGAGGGAGGGAGAGAUGCUGCUCUGCGGCGGAACCCAGGAGAUAGCGUCCGUGGGCGUUCUCCAACUCUUCUUUCUCCACAAGCCGCCGCCACCGCCGUCGACCGCCACCAUCUCCUUCUCUAUCGCUUCCGCCCUUAUGCUGAGGUCUAGGGUUUUGGGUGCCUUCUCUUCCCUCAAGACUACCACGCCUUUCACUCGCUUCUCCCCACUGUUCUCUCACUCCCCAAAGGUUCCUCUUCCUCCUCCUCGUGUGGGCAUUCACCACCAGCCUUCUUCCAAGACGACCCAACUCACGUCUCAGCGCCAGCUGCCCCACAGUCCGCUUCCCGCCUCUUCCGUCGAGUUGCAUGACCAGAGGACCAGCGAGGAUGAUGUCGAGGAGAAGUUCGUUGGGGCAGGCACAUGGGGUUCUGAUAGGGAGUUUCGCACGCCCACAGGCCCGUUAUUGGAGGUGAGGGAUCUGGAGGAGCUUCCUGAGCAAUGGAAGCGUUCGAAAGUUGCCUGGCUGUGCAAGAUUUUGCCUUCUCAUAAACCUGCGACGCUCAUCAGACUACUUAAUUCUCAACGGAAGUGGAUGGCCCAAGAGGAAGCUAAGUAUAUCAUCGUUCAUUUCUUGAGGAUUCGGGAGAACGAUGCGAGUUUCCGGGUGUAUAAGUGGAUGGUCCAACAACGUUGGUUUCAAUUUGAUUUUGCGCUGGCUACUAAUCUAGCAGAUCACCUGGGCAAGGAGCGUAAAUAUUCAAAGUGUCGAGAGUUGUUUGAUGACAUUGUAAAUCGUGGGCAGGUGCCUUGUGAAUCAACGUUUCAUAUAUUAAUUAUUGCCUAUAUUGGAGCGGAUUCCCAUGGUUGCUUGGAAGAAGCUUGUGUGAUAUAUAACAGAAUGAUUCAGCUAGGAGGUUAUCGUCCUAGCCUUAGUUUGCAUAAUGCUCUGUUCAGGGCCCUCGUGAGCAAACCAGGGGGGACAUCAAAAUACUAUCUGAAGCAAGCAGAAUUUAUUUAUCAUAAUCUGGAAUCAAGUAAACUCGAGAUACAAGGGGAUAUAUAUGCAGGUCUAAUUUGGCUGCACAGUUAUCAGGACAACAUCGAUAAAGAAAGGGUUGCAGAGCUUAGGAGAGAAAUGCAGCAAGCAGGGUUGGAGGAAAGUCGAGAUGUGCUUGUCUCCAUCUUGAGGAUUUGUUCCAAAGAAGGAGAUGUUGAUGAAGCUGAAAGGAUCUGGAAGAAGCUACUUAAUGCUGAUUUUAGUAUUCCUUCUCAAGCUUUUGUUUAUAGAAUGGAACUCUUUGCCAAAUUAGGGGAGCCUAUGAAAUCUUUGGAGGAAUUCAGGAGGAUACAAGAACAUGGAGUGCCCAACAGCAUUGUGGCAUAUCAUAAAAUCAUUGAGGUAAUGUCGAAAGCCCAAGAGGCUGAAAUUGCAGAAACAAUUAUGGAUGAAUUCAGGAAGAAUGAGAUGAAGCCUCUGUUGCCAGCUUACGUUGACUUGAUGAAUAUGUAUCUGGAUCUGAGUAUGCAUGAUAAAGUAGAAUCUGCCUUUGUACAAUGUAGCACUGAAUGUCGUCCAAACAGAACUGUUUAUAAUGUCUACUUGGAGUCGCUGGUGCAAACCAAUAAUCUUGAAAAAGCUGAGGAGGUUUUCAUUCAAAUGCAGACUAAUGGCGCACUUGGUGCCAACGAUAGUGCAUGCAACAUUAUCUUACAGGCAUAUUUGGAUUCUGGUCAGCAUGAGAAGGCAGAACAAAUUUAUGAUCUGAUGUGCCGGAAAAAAUAUGAGAUCAAGCCUUCGCUGAUCGAUAAGCUUGACUAUAUGCUGAGCUCAAGGAAGAAGGUCGUAAAGAAACCAAUAAGGCUAAAGCUUGAGAAAGAACAACGUGAAGUAUUGAUUGGCUUACUUUUAGGCGGUGCUGAAAUGGAAAUGAUUGAACAAAGGAAUCAUUUGUUCCACUUUGAGUUCAAAGAGAAUUCCUUUGUUCAUGGUAUGUUGAAGAUGCAUAUCCAGGAGAAAUUUUUUGAGUGGUUGGACUGUUAUAGCCGACAGAGCAAUGGAAUUGAAGAGAUCCCAUAUGGGCUUAGCACAAUUCCGCAUUCAUCUUUUGGGUUCUUUGCUGAUCAAUUCUGGCCAAAGGGUCGGCCGAUGAUCCCAAAACUUAUUCAUCGAUGGCUCUCUCCUCGUGUGCUGGCUUACUGGUAUAUGUAUGGAGGCCAUAAGAGCUCAAAAGGGGAUGUCUUGCUCAGAAUAAAGGGCACUUUAGAGGAUGUGGAGCGGCUGGUCAAGGCAUUGAAAAUGAAGUCCAUUGAUUGCAAGGUUAAGAGGAAAGGCAAAACAUUUUGGCUCGGUUGUCAAAAUAGCAACGCGAUAUGGUUCUGGAAGCUGGUGGAACCUUAUAUCUUGCCAGAUUUAAAAGGUAUUCUAAAUCCUGAAUUUCACGGCUCUGUAGAUGAGGAGACAUCAGGAGGGGGCUAUAGUGGAUCUGAUACAGAUUCUGGAUUGGAUGUUUAGCAAUGAAAUUUUUGAUUCAUUAGUGCGAUGAGUAUUAUUUCAUACUGGAAAUGGUACGAACAUGAAAUAAUCGGGUCUGGAACAUUAUAACCUCCUCCGUGGACGUCAUCUCCAAAGAACCUCAAGGCAGUGGUGUCUUCAUUACGAAACUUAGUAUUAAAAAACAGCCUUGAUUACCUGUUUAUACUUUCGUGAAUCUGUACAAUUUGUAAGAUAAAAUUAUUCUCUGUCCUUUUUGCCACCAACCCCCCAGAGGCAAGGACGCAAUGAAAAUUGCCUAAUUUGUUGUAACCAAUUUUGUACAAUCUUGGUACCUGCUACUAGACAGAUUUUAGUUUUUAUACAAUAAGAAAAGAUAGUGCAACAAGGUUUACAUCGUGGUUUAGUA